AUGACACCACAUAAGGGAGACUUGUCGCAGGAUCUCGCGAUGAUGAGAGGAUUGAAAGGGGUGAAGCAACCUAUGCAGAUAGGUACCUUUCCAAUCCUUGUGAGGCUUAACUAUCAGGUGUGGCCAUCUAGGAUGCGUCUACACCUCAAAGGUCUUGAGCUCUAGGAUGUCAUUGAGGCGGAGACUCCAGUCAAGAAGAAAGAUAGACAGGUGAUGUCCAUCCUCUUCAGCACUCUCUCAGAUGAAAUCUCAUAGGAGUUGGAUGUCGAGAAAACUACUAAGCACGUGGAAUCUGCUGAAGGCAAAGAAUGGAGGUGUUCCAUGCCUACAAACAGCCUAUAUUCAAUCACUACGGAAAGAUUACGAGAAUCUUUCUACGGAAGAUGAUGAGUCAGUUCUUGAUUAUUUCGGGAAACUUCUUGGAUUGUGAUUGAAUUAAAGAGUCCUAGGGAGAAGAUUUCGGAUGCGGAUCUCUCCACCAAACUCUUGAGGUCAGUCUCAAGUAAGUUUGACUCGAUUACAAUGUCUAUUGAGUAGUUUCAGGAUCUUGAUGCAAUCUUAGUGGAGGAGGUUCUUAGAACUCCCAAGAUUCAUGAAGACAAACUUCAAGAUCGCUCAGUCAAGAGGGAAGAGAAAGUCUCAUUGGCUCAUGCUCUUGGCAAAAAUAAGAAGAAAGAUUCUUCCGAUAGUUCUCAGGCAAGAGGCAGAGGAAGAGGCCAUGGCAAAGGAAGAGCAAGAGGAAUGA